UUUCCAUACACUGAUGAAACUCUGACGUUGUUUUCUGGAGCAAGCUGGUAUUUGAGUCAGCAUUAAUAUUUAGUUACGCAUUACGCAGGGUUUGAUCGGUCAUGUCGUCUUCCUCCAAUAGCAACGACUCCGGCAAGAAAGGCAGCAACCCUCUGGACGCCAUGGGCGCCUUCUUCUCGUCGCAGGUGAACCGCCGGAAGCUCGUGACCAGCGAGAAGCAGGCGCUGGCGACGCGGCUGUCGGCCGGCGGCGAGACGUUCCCGGGCAGCGAGCACCGGCCGGCCGACCGGAAGAAGUGGAUGGCGGAGCUCGGGCCGGAGAAGGUGAGGGUGCACCAGGUGGUGUGGCCCGGGACGCACGACUCGGCGACGAACAAGAUCGGCAUCCCGUUCGUGACGCGGCCGUUCGCGCAGUGCCAGUCGCUGUCGGUGUACGAGCAGCUCGCCGCGGGGGCGCGCGUCAUCGACGUGCGGGUCCAGGAGGAGCGCCGCGUCUGCCACGGCGUGCUCGCCACCUACUCCGUCGACGUCGUGCUCGCCGACGUGAAGCGGUUCCUCGGCGAGACGGAGUCGGAGGUGGUGAUCCUCGAGGUGCGCACCGAGUUCGGCCACGAGGACCCGCCGGAGUUCGACAAGUACCUGGUGGAGCAGCUCGGCGAGCACCUGGUCCCGCAGGACGAGGCGGUGUUCCACAAGACCAUCGCCGAGCUGCUCCCGCGGCGGCUCAUCUGCGUGUGGAAGCCGCGCAAGUCGCCGGCGCCCAAGCCCGGCGAGCCGCUGUGGAGCGCCGGCUACCUCAAGGACAACUGGAUCGACACCGACCUGCCGGAGACCAAGUUCGAGAGCAACAUCAAGUUCCUCGGCGAGCAGCCGCCGGUGGCCGACCGGAGGUUCUUCUACCGGGUGGAGAACACGGUGACGCCGCAGGCCGACAACCCGGUGCUCUGCGUCAAGCCGGUCACCCGCCGGAUCCACGGCUACGCCCGCCUCUUCAUCGCCGAGGUCUUCGCCAAGGGCCUCGGCGACAAGCUCCAGGUCUUCUCCACCGACUUCAUCGACGGCGACUUCGUCGACGCCUGCGCCGGCGUCACCAAGGCGCGCGUCGACGGCGCCGCGUGAGCCCGCGCGCCGUGCAUGGCCGGGCCUGUAGUAAUUAGAGGGGUUCGCCGCGUUUAGAGGAGGAUGGCUUCGUUUCGUUUCGUCGGUGUCGCACAGCGUGCACAGAUUAGGUUUCGUGUUGUCCUAAAGCGAUUGCAGUGUCAGACGCGUGAUUUACGAAUGAUUUAUUAUCAUGCA